AUGAACAACCACAAUGAGAACACCCGCACCCCCGCUAAUUCGACAACAGUGGGAGUCCGGGUCUGGUAUGAGGUCUAUUGGAGGAAGAUGGCGGUGAUGGUGGCGUGCCCACAUCCCACUUUAAGCAAAGGUGGCUAUAAGACACGGAGUGAGCAAAUGACUUACCUUGCAGCUGGCACAAGAGCAGGAGUUGCACUCGCCGGAGCAGCAGUUGCAGGUGCAAGGAGACAUGAUGAAUAUAGAUGUGGUAGGUAA